UCUCAGUCCAGCGAGGGAGCCCUCGCACUUUCGCCUAUAUGGUUAAGGUGUAUGUAGCAGCUCAAGGUGCCUGCGUCCGAGCGCCGCAUGCGGACGGGGCAAGUCCGAAUGAGUUCCGAAUGAAGAUAAUGGAAGGUCCACCUGAUCUUCACCGCAAUUCAACGAUGGCAAAGUUCUUAUGACUGGGUUACUCAUGCAUAUGUUAGAGCAGCGGGAAGUGAAAAGAAGUAAUAAUUCCUGCUUUACAGCCCUACCAUCGGUCUCCGUUUGUCUAGCACAACCCUCCUGCCUUCGAAGGUUGCCGCAAUCAGGACUCGACACGGCUUUUACCUGUGCGCGUUAACAUGAUGUAAUCCACCUCCCAACUUUACCUACCCCUUGCGACCAUCAAGAGAUCGCAGACAGGCCGAAGAUUCGGUACUAUCCUAUCACACGAUUGCUGAGCGCUGCACACCCUGCAUGCCGUAGCGACCAUGCCGCAAGAAAUAGCUCGAGCCUUUCUGGGCAACCGCGGCGGUCCACGCCGCUCGCGUGUCUUUUUCCUCCUUGGAGGGCUCGCACUCCUAACGUUCUGUCUCUUUGCGUCCCACCUACAUGGCUUGCAGCAAUUUACUAGCGGGCGACCAUUCGGGGGUUUAACAGGCAACGCCGGAAGCAAGUCCGGAAUGACGUCGUCGGGGCAUGACCCAGCAUUGACCGCGCCCCGCCAUGCAUCUACCGCCACCAACACCCCCGAGGCUGCAGUAGCAGAUCCCGUAGAUAGUCAAACGCCGACCAAGAUCACAAAGCCGGAGGACGGCCAACAGUCGUUUAAGAUGGAGUACGGGGCCAACAAACACCCGUCGUUCAAGGAUGACCCGCCUCAGCUCAUCCGUGACCUUGCGCGGGAGCAUAUCCCGUAUUAUGCACCUCCACCGCCGACUGAGGAACCCACCGACGGGGAGGGGAAGACGAGCGCAAAGAGACUGGUGGUUGUCGGCGAUGUGCACGGCCACCUCGCUGCGCUCAAGGCUUUGCUGCGGAGGAUAGGCUUCGACCACAAGCAUGGCGACCAUCUCAUCCUCGCCGGAGACAUGGUUACCAAGGGCCCCAACAGCAAGGGCGUGGUCAAACUGGCCAUGAACCUCAGUGCGAGCGCGGUGAGGGGCAACCAGGAUGACGAGGUCUUAGCGGUCGCCAGGCGGAUGGGCCGUGUCUCGGUCGACGACGAGGGUGGGGAUGAUGAGCAGGAGGCGGACGACGCUGACGAAGAUGGUCAAGACGACGAUGACGGCAGUGAAGCGGAAACAGAAACUAAGAGAAAGUACCGCCACGUCCGCCGAGUCGCUCGCUCCCUCAGCCGCGCCCAGCUCGCCUGGCUGAGGUCCCUGCCCAUCAUCCUCCGCAUAGGGCAGCUCCCAAACGCCACAUCACCGCCGUGGAACACAAGCACCAUCACCGUUGUCCACGGCGGGCUGGUUCCCGGGAUGCCGCUAGAGAAGCAGGACCCUUGGGCGGUCAUGAACAUGCGGAGCCUGCUAUAUCCCGGCCACGGCAAAGGCAAGGGGAAGCAUCACAAUGCGCGUCCUGAAUCGGAAGACGACGACGAAGUAGCACCAGACGCAGUCGCAGUGCCCAUAGACAAGCACGACGGUGAGCCAUGGAGCCACGCCUGGAACCGUUAUCAGAAUAACCUCCCCCCAUCAGCCGACCACACAGUAGUAAUUUACGGGCAUGACGCCAAAAAGGGACUACAAGUCACCCCCCAAGCCGACGUCUCCCCCUACUCCUCCUCCUCCACCACCACCCCCUCCUCAUCAAAAAAGAACCACAAAAAGCAUAAGAAGGUGAAAGGCCUCCGCUACGCCUUCGGCCUCGACUCGGGCUGCGGCCACGGACGGCAGCUCACGGCGCUGAUCAUGGAGGCCGGGCCUCACGGGGUGCGGCAUCGAAUAGAGCAGGUCGAGUGCGACCUCGAGACGGAAGAGCGGGCGCUCUGGGGCGAUCAGGAUUACACGCCGCCGAUACAGCCGCCGCCGCCGGAGGAGGAAGAGGAGGAUGGAGAAGAAGAAAAUCAACGAGUGGUGGGGUAGUUAAAUUUCCGUUUUCUUUUUUCGUCCUGUUGGCUACGCGGUCGUGUUUUAUCUACCGUGCUGCUUUCAAACGAUGACACGGUGGGAACGGAAAGGGGAAGGGGUUCGCUUCAACGCUGUUUGCAUUCUGCAUAUUGGGCGUUCUGGGAUGAACAUACCUAGUAAUUGCUUAUCGGGCGUUCGGAUCGGAAGGGAGGAGGGUUUGAUGUUAGGCAACCAUUGAUUGAUGUGUUGCUUGUGCCUACCUUAUAUGCAUGCUACCACUCCUAGACUAUCUGUCUUACCUUAGACUGAAUGGCACAUGCCGUAGUUCAUAACAUAA